AAGUCAUCUGACUGCCUGGAGCCAAAAUGGGGAGUUCUACAGUGAGCCUGUUCCUUCUACUGGGCUGCUUCACCACUGUGUUCUGUAUCACACGGGAAUAUUUUAUCGGGAUUCGGGAGAUUCAGUGGGAUUACGCUCCCACUGGGAAAAACAUCAUCCUCAACAAACUGCUGAAGGAAGAUGAACAUGCUGCUACGUUCCUGGAGCGCGGGCCCCAGAGAAUCGGCAGUGUGUACAAGAAAGCAGUUUACCUGCAGUACACGGACGCCACCUACACAAAGGAGAUAACCAAGCCCAAGUGGCUGGGCUUCCUGGGCCCUGUGAUGUCGGCUGAGGAAGGGGACGUGAUCAAGGUCCACCUGAAGAACAUGGCCACUAGGGCCUACUCCAUCCACUCCCAUGGAGUCAUGUACAACAAGACCAGUGAGGGUGCUCUGUACCCGGACGAGACGACGGAUGCAGAGAAACAUGACGACCGGGUGGAUCCUGGGAAGAGCUACACUUACGUGUGGGUCCUGAGCGACACCCACGCCCCCACCAAGGAUGACACCAACUGCCUGGCACGCGCCUAUCACUCCCACCUACACGCACCUCAAGACAUCGCCUCAGGACUUGUUGGACCCCUCAUCAUCUGUAAAAAAGGUACCCUGGAUGUUUAUGGUGACAAGGCAGCAGACUACUCGUACGUCUUGAUGUUCACUGUGUCGGACGAGAACAUGAGCUGGUACCUGGACGACAACAUCAAGACCUACUGCACUCAGCCAUCAACAGCAGCCAACAGCCCACAACAGCCAUCAACAGCAGCCAAUAGCCCACAACAGCCAUCAACAGCAGCCAAUAGCCCACAACAGCCAUCAACAGCAGCCAAUAGCCCACAACAGCCAUCAACAGCAGCCAAUAGCCCACAACAGCCAUCAACAGCAGCCAACAGCCCACAACAACCCACAACUAAAGUAGACAAAGAUGAUGAAGCCUUCCAGGAGAGCAACCUGAUGCACUCGAUCAAUGGCUUUGUGUACGGCAACCUGCCUGACCUGAGCAUGUGUGUCGGAAACAAGAUCCACUGGCACCUGAUUGGCAUGGGCAAUGAGGUGGACAUCCAUUCAGUGUUCUUUCAUGGCCAGAUCCUCACCAACCUUGGUCACCACACUGACGCGGUCAGCUUGUUCCCAGCCACAUUCACCAAUGUGGAGAUGACUGCUGACAACCCUGGUCACUGGCUGCUGAGCUGCCAGGUCAACGACCACCUAAUGGCGGGCAUGCAGGCCCUCUUCGAGGUAAAGAAGUGUUUCCCCGCCGUCCACAAGCCGCGGCCCAACGGGGAGGUGAGGGAGUACUUCAUCGCUGCCGAGGAGGUGCUGUGGGACUAUGCCCCCUCGCAGGUCAACCACGGCACAGGGAAACCUCUGAACACAGACGGGGAUUCAGAGACGUUUUUCCAGAGAGGUAACGAUCGUAUUGGCGGGAAAUAUAAGAAGGUCCAGUACAAGGAGUACACAGACAACACCUUCACCGUGCAAAAGGAGAGAACACCUGAGGAGUUGCACCUAGGGAUUCUGGGUCCUGUGAUCAGGGCCGAGGAGGAAGACACCAUCAAGGUGGUGUUUAAGAACAAGGCCAGCCGUCCUUUCUCCAUGCAGCCACAUGGAGUGCAGUACACCGUCGAGCAGUCAGGGACUCUCUACUAUAACGAACUGGAAGAAUCCUACACUGCCAAAAAACUCAGAGAAAUCAAGAAGGAGACAAGAAUUGUAACCCCUCCCCCGGCAGCGCUGGUCAAACCAGGCACCACCCACACCUAUGAGUGGGUGGUCCCUAAGGGUGGCGGGCCGGUGGCGGACGAUGCAGACUGCAUUACAUACUUCUACUACUCAGCCGUGGACCCUGUGAAAGACACCAGCUCCGGCCUUGUUGGACCCCUCCUGGUCUGCAAAAAAAAGACCCUCAAAAAAGGGAAACAGAAAAACGUCAACAAGGAGUUCCACAUGCUGGCUACAGUGUUUGAUGAGAACCUGAGCUGGUUCUUGGAUGACAACAUUAACAAGUUUACCAAGGCUCCCAAAACAGUCAACAAGGAGGACGAGGACUUCCAGGAAUCUAACAAAAUGCACUCGAUCAAUGGCUACAUGUAUGGGAACCUUCCAGGGCUGACCAUGUGUAAGGGGGACAAGGUGUCUUGGCACCUGUCUGGCCUGGGCUCGGAGGCUGAUAUCCACGGCCUAUACUUUGAAGGGAACAGGUUCAUCUACAGAGAGACACGCAGAGAUGUCAUGAACGUGUUCCCUCACAUCUCCCACACUGUCAUGAUGGAGCCAGACAGCAUGGGUCAGUUUGAGGUGGUGUGCAAGACGACGGACCAUUACCAGGGAGGUAUGAGGGCUAACUACACUGUGCAGAAGUGUAGUAUGUUCAACAGACAGUCAGAGAUCAUGCUCCACUCGAAGACCUACUACAUUGCUGCCAUGGAGAUAGACUGGGACUACUCCCCCAACCGGACCUGGGAACAGGAGAUGUACCAUGGCCUCACACAGAGUCCAGGAAAUGAUUUCAUUGAUAAACAGGGUAAGUUCAUCGGCUCCGUGUACAAGAAGGUUGUGUACAGGGAGUUCACCAACAAUAAAUUCACCAAACAGAAGGAGAGAUCAGCAGACAUGCAACACCUGGGGAUCCUGGGCCCUAUGAUCCAUGCAGACAUUGGUGACAAAGUCAAUAUAGUCUUCAAGAACAUGGCCACAAGAACUUACUCUAUUCACGCACACGGGGUGAAGACAGACGUUCCACAAGUCAAAGAAACUAAGCCAGGUGAGACCCAGACAUACACAUGGUAUGUCCCCAAGACAGCUGGGCCUACAGACAAACAGGAGACAUGCAGUGUGGGAGCUUAUUACUCCACAGUCGACGUCAACAAGGACCUGUACAGCGGUCUAAUUGGUCCCUUAGUGAUAUGUAGGCGGAGCUAUGCGAGAUCAUUUGGACUGAAGAAGGAAGUGGAAGAGUUUGCUCUCCUUUUCAUGGUGUUUGAUGAGAACGAGUCCUGGUACCUGGACGACAACAUCAAAACAAACAUCAAGACCCCCACCAGGAACAUCAAAGAGGACGAGGACUUCAUCGAGAGCAAUAAAAUGCAUGGCAUCAACGGGCAGCUGUAUGGAAACCUGCUGGGACUGAACAUGAAAGUGGGGGACAAGGUGUACUGGUACCUGAUGGGGAUGGGCAACGAGAUAGACAUCCACACUGCCCAUUUCCACGGGCACAGCUUUGACUAUAAGCUGAGUGGAGGGUCCCACCGUGCAGAUGUGUUUGGUCUGUUCCCUGGCACCUUCCAGACUCUGAAGAUGAGCCCGAAGUACCCUGGCUCCUGGCUGCUGCACUGCCACGUCGCAGACCACAUCAAGGCCGGCAUGGUAACAGUCUACAAAGUCACUGAGAAGGAAAAGAAGGGCUUUUUUGGAUGAACGCGGAGCAUUAACACAAACAGCGAAUGAAAGCUACGUACAUCUCUUCAGUAAUUACACAUUGACCUCGUAUUCCACAUAAGGAGCACAGUGACCACUGACAAUGUAUGAACUAACUAAAAACGGCUUUAAUACAGGGUUUAAGCCUACCUGGUUAAAAAAAAGGUGAAAUAAAAAAGCAAUGAUCAUCAAUGUCAAUGCUCUAAAAUACAUUUUGAAUAAAGAAAAUAUAAAAUCCUU